UAACAGUCUCUUUGGUCGGGAGAAUGCUAAGGACGCUAGGAUUAUAAAAAAGGCCUGCUCUGUUGUUCAGCGUUCAGUUCUGCGGUUUGAUCGUGUUGGAAGCAACCAGUAAUUGUUCGCCUCCUGAUUCGUGAUACCUUCUCCCAAGUGUAAACGUUAAAACAAGAAUGAAGAUUUCCGUGUUCCUCGUCAUUAUGGUCGUCGGCUGUGCCUUUGCAUUCGCCUUCCAAGAAAAACUUGACAGAGAAGUGGAGAAGGAGUUGAUCAGAGAACUUCUAGAGCAUCUUGAGACUCGUCAAUCUAUAUUCUCGGGCGGAGAAGAUGAAGUACGGGAAGCAUACGAAACUGUGCGAGACGACGAUAACGACAUUACGUGGUUUGCUUUAAAGUAUGACGGGAGACAACUUGCCAGCCCCAUUACCGGAAGUGACUACGCCGACUUCUUGGCACUAUGUGGAGGUGAUGACCGUGUAUAUGGAUAUGUACGCGUUGAGACGGGUGAUGAGAUGAACCCACGAGCUAAGUUUGCUUUCAUCACUUGGAUAGGACCAUCCGUGUCACCUCUCAAGAAAGCCAGAGUUUCCACUGACAAGGCCUUUGUGAAGGCAAUAACCACCCAAUUUGGAAAAGAGAUCUUGGCGGAUGAACUUGAUGAACUUCGUUAUGACAGAGUGAAGGCAAUAUUGGAAAAAGCCAGCGGAGCUGCAUACGGUACCGGCGCUUAGAUGGCUUCUGCACCGAUCCGUGGACCUUAUUGGUGACAUAUAGUGAAAUGUGGACGCUGUGUAAAAUCAGGACUCUCAUCAAUCGUAGACGUUAACCAUCGAAAAUUUAUUCCAUGAAUUCGCCGUCGUAGCACUGACAUCACUCUGCUCAGUCGUCACUAGAAAUUGAGCGUGGCAACUCGCUCAUCAUUUUCGUGGCAAAGCGGACCUAUGUUUUCCUGUUGUAAACUGAGUGCCAUGAGCCGUCAGUUUCCAUUCUGGCAUUUGUGCUUCGGGAGUCAAAAUAAUCCGACGCAGUACACCUGUUUUAACAUAAUUUCAGGGACCAGAUUGUGAAAUUAUACCAUUAAUUACUAAAAGCCAUUUUGUGAUCGACCCAGAUCGAGUUGCCACGCAUGAAGCGUGAACCACGACGUGACGUGUUAUUACUAUGACGGCGAAUAUUGAGACCCAAUUGCAGUAAUGUUCAAUCUCAUUUUUUUUUCGCGCAGCAGUCUAAAUUGCACAUUACCAUGACACCGAUUUUGUUCACCGUGUUUUCUUAUUAUAAUUAGCCUAAGCCUGCUUGUUAUUAAAAAAAUUAACUUGCGUAAAACGUCAUGUCCCUUUUAUGACAAAUGACAUUGCUUGAAUUUUAAGACAUUAAGGGUUAAGUGGAAAACUAAUAUAAUUGUGUUGGGAGUAAAGGUAUUUCAACUGCGCGUGUUUACAUCAUGAUUGAUGAUUUUACUUUUGGGGUAAACUAUUUGCCGUGGCGUGCAAAAUCAGAGCGGGUACGAAUGAACGUUAAAUUCUACCUUAUUCAAAAUUUCGAAAAUUCUUGACAACACCGGAACACCCAUGUUUUUGAUUGCUCGAUUUUUUUUGCUGGCAAAAUUUCUUCCAAAUUACUUGAUAAGAAUUGUGGAUACUGUUUAGGUUACCACUCCUCCCAUUGAGCUGUUUAUAUAUGCUGGGCUUAUACGACGAUGUCAAAAUAGUCAGCCUUGUUGCACGCAUGCGCAGUUUGAAAGCCGAAUAGGAUUAUACUACUUUGCACAUGUAUAUUUUUUUUGGCCAUGGAAUUAUUAGUGUUAGGGAAUACUGUCCUUUUGAAUAUGACAUAACUUUUCUUCCGAUUGGUUGGGAAGACUUUGGGGCACUUCAUUUGGUGAGGCACAGUCUCUUGCACUCCGUCCCUCUCCCUUCACACCACUGCGCUUUACAUUUUCUUGACUAGAUUAGGCGGAGACUUUGACUCAUCUCCCCAUCCAAAAAGAAUUUGCCUUUUCACUGUCAGCCACAGACAAGCCUCGUAUGCGUUUGUGGUGCAAACGUUUUUGACUUCUUUUUUUUGGAGAUUUAACCUAGUUCAUUUAAAUUUAAAAAAAAAACUUCUUUAUUCCUUAAUUGUAUCGUGAUUGGUUUGAACAGGUUAUUCAAUUGUAUAAUUCACCCGUGUAUCGGGUUUAGCUCCUUAAAGUUGUAUAGCGCUUCCUUCUAUUUUCUUUGUUUUCCGCGGGGGGCGGGGGGGGGGGGCGUUUCUCAACGGAAAUAAGGAUGGUGGGAUCCUGUACCCCAUUUGUGUAUUCAAGCUAUAGGUACAUGCAAAUGAUAACAGAUGUUUAAUUGAAAACUCAUUGAAUUGAAGAAUUAAAGUAAUAUGCAUAAAUCUAAA